UCUGGGAGGUGUGUGUUUGUGAGUGUGGGGGGCUUAACCAAGUUCAUAUGCGAAUAACACUUGUGGAAAAAUACAACACAAUAUAAUUAAGUAUACUCCCAUCGGAGUGAAAGUCAAUGUAAGCUAGUUAUUGGGUGAGUUAUAUACAUGUUUUAACCCAAAAUGGUUCAUGCGUUUUAAAAACCUUAUCUCACAAGACGUAACGAAACUCCGAUUAGAUUUAAAUGCAAUCUGUACUGUAAGACACUAAUUAGAAUUAUAUUAAAUAUUAAUAGAAGGAAAAAUGUGUAAGACAAAAGAAGGUUUUUUAUGGGUUAUUUCGAGAAAUUGAGCUUAGCUAUCAUUGAGUAAACUACUGUGUGUAACUUGAAGGCCGGACAUUUUGUAAACAGUUGCUGCGCUGUAAAACAUUUAACCCAUUAUUGCAACUAACGGAGCAAAGCUUUAAAUAAACCGUGUGUAUCAGACGAUGCAUUUAACGGGGUAACACCCAACUAUUUGCACUUUGCGCAAAAACAAGUAGAACUAUUUUUGACUAACAUCUAUCAAAUAUUUAAAAAAAAACAUUUCAACACACGUUUCUGUGGCGAUUUCAAGACUAUGCGAUGUACAUAUUUUGUAUUUUGAUAGGACAUGCAAAGUGUUUAUGCAGCUUUCAAUAGAAAAGGAAGAAAAUGGACAAUAAAGUAAAUGCAUGCAUAUAUGUCGAAAUUAUUCAUGACAGUUUAAGAGUUUUCCAUGGAGUUUACAUUGUAUGUGUUCACUGUCUGGAUUCCAAAUCCUUCCAGUGAUAGAUAUUUCGAAGAUGUAAAACAGUGUUUGGCACAGAUGUUAUAUGAUGUCUGGCCAUUUGAAGGGCAUGUAAACGAAGACCCUCUUUAGUUUGAACUUUUAACGAUAUCGAAUACUUGCCUAUAGAUAAUUAAUUCACACUACGAUAUUCAAAGGAGUUUUAAGAUACCUGGCUCACCUCAUCUCAACUCAACCAUGGAUGAUUAUAUUGUUGAGAAGAAGGAAUACUCCCCAAAGGAUUUUUACGAGAAGUUCAGCAAAAAGUUGCCGAUAAUUGUUAUGAUUACACAAGGCUACUGCGGGGAAAUACAGGGAGAUACGUUUGACAGGGGAAUGGUGAUUCGAUUUCAGACCAUAUCUAGGCAACCGAGGGUCAUUGCUCAAUUUAGAUUGGGUAGGAAUAUAAUGCACGUGAGCAUUCCACAGAAAUUUGAGCAACCGGUUUGUGUCAAAGGCACUGGCAAAAAAGUUAUAAAGGAAAGGACGAUCGCUGAUAUUCUCCAAGAGCAAACUCUACCAUGCGUGGUUGAGUUUCAGAAAAAGAAAAGCAUAACAGUUGGAAACCGGAUAAUAAAUACAGACAACAUUCCUGAAAUUGACCUUACAGGCACAUUUGAUGAGAUUUACCUACUUGGAAACAACAUAGAUUCAGACACCCUAGAGACCGUGGUGAUUCAUGUGCCACUAUAUCUCACACAGCUUCGCCUUGCCGUUGUGACGGGACACAAGAAUAAAUCUGAAGACGAAUGGCAUGCCUUUCUCAAGGACCUUGACUAUCAUUGCGACUUUUUUUCCUAUGAUACAUGUUACGGGAAUCCAGAAAUGGCACACUAUAAAGAACAAUUCUCAGCAAAGGAUGGGGCUGUGUAUUCUUACGUUGAACCAUGUUCGUACAUCAAUUUCUGGUCACUUGUUCACAAACCGUACGCAAACGUAAAUUCUGCAAAAAAAGAAGAUGAAAUUAUUUGCGUGGGUGAAUCAUUUGAUGGCAUGGAUGGUUAUGAACCUAUAGAGAUUAUUACAAAGCCAAACACAAGUAAGUUAAAGACACUAAGUUCACAGCAGAUUAAGCAGCCAAAACCAUUUAUGCCGCUACCUGCCGAAGAGCCCGAUAUUGAUAUUUAUGAGAACAGCGAGAAUCUAUUAGAUCAAGUCAAAGAAAACAAACAUGGCGAUGUAGAGCCGAACAGAGAUGGCAGUUGCGACCUUGAGCAGAACAUACUACUUGCAAAAGCACGACUGAAACCAGUGAAAGCGAAGCCAGAGAGCAACACCACAGCACAAGAAAAAUACAAUAUGUUUACAGGAGCUGAGCUUAAAAAGAAAACUCAAGCAGCUAGGCCGAAGAAUCCACCAGCACCUGGAAGUAAACCAAAAAUUUCCAUCAAGCCUAAAGGGUGGCUGAAAAGUUCAGAUCCUCCAGAAAACCUCGGAAAAACAAAUUCUCCUAAGUCGGACUUGAAAAGUAGAAAAUUGGCACAAAACGUUCAGCAACCGAAAUUGUUCAGUCCAGAUAACACGGCGGUUCCGAGUAAUGAACGUCCUUCAGCAAUGGUGGCUCCGAUCACUGUUGACAAGAAAGCAAGCGAACACAAAUUUCAGAUACCGGAAGCUCAGUACAUUGUAGCAAGAGUUCCCGAAAAGGAUACCCAAAUCGGCCUGCCGGUCGUUAAAAUUCCAGAAGAUGUAUGUAAUUUAACAGUGCCUGAAGUUACUGGCUACUUAAAAAGAUUGAAUCUAAGUAGUUAUGCAGAACAAUUCUUAGAUAAUGAUGUAGAUGGAGUUCUGCUUACAGGGUUGACAAAGAAUGACCUGAUGAGUGACUUUGGAAUGAAGGGAGUUGAGGCACAGAAGAUAAUAAACUUUUGCAAAGAAGCUCACUUGCCCAAAAAAUAAAUGCCUGUUUGUCGCCGUGCUGCUUGUUUAAGAUGUAUAUAAAACCUUUCAUAUAUACUGUUAAUACUGCACAUUCUUGUCAAUGUGAAGGUUCAAGUAGAUGAUAUUUACUAUAAAUAUCAAUGUUUAGGCCUUAUCUGUCGGAGCAGAACUUUUUGGUAAUGUCUUAAUAGUGUCUGCUGAUUUGUCAAACAAAGGGUUUGGUGAAGAGGGAACCAGGCUUUUUCACAGUAAGAUCAGAACACGAAUAUAACCAAAUGGGGAACAACAACGCCAAUAUUAUGUUAAAGAUUUACGACUGCGUUUAAACAUUUGGAAUAUACAGUCGAACCCCGUUGGCUGGAACUCACAGGGACCGUCGAAAAUACCUCGAGCCUCGAAAAAUUCGAGACAAGCGGGAAUUCUUACAUACAGUAUAAAAACGUCAUUUACAUGCAGUUCGAGCCAUCGAGGAAUUCGAGCCAAGUUAAUUCGAGCAGUCGGGGUUGAACUAUAUUGUUAACACUUUAAAUGUAUGUUCAUAUUAAACAUAUUGAUUACAGUGAAUAAUAUGAACAUUUGAGAUACUUACACUGCAGAUGUUGUUGCUUUUAAAUAUAUUGUUAAUAAUUACAUAAAUAUGUAAAAAUGUAUCUUUUUAUCUAUCUAUCAAUUUAAAUAUGUUGCUGAACCUGCAAUGUUUGGACAUUAAAUAUGGAUUGCUAAAAAUGCAUUUGUCUAUACAUUUACUUUUGUAAUGAAUGUGCCGUUCUAUGUUGCAAAGUUAAUAGUAUGAACUAUUAAUAACAAUAAUUGCUGGCUUACAUAUUUGUAUGUAUGUAAGUAAAUCGUGUAUCGUUGUUUAUAUUCCAAUGUUUAAAUUUAGCUGGAUUGUAUCUUCUGUGUGUAUCAUUGGAGUUUCUAUGGCAUCGUUCAAUAAGGCUAAGCAGAAUUAAUAACAUGAAUUUUACAAACCGAGGACCUAGUUUUAACGCGUUAGUGUUUAAGUGGCUUUACAGGCAAGAUAUAACUGCAAGGAGUAAAUAAGUUGCCAUGCACACGGAAGUAUCCAAAUAACCCCAUCGUCACCAUUGUACUGAAAAAUGACACUUUGUGAUGAAGUGCCCUAUUUGGUUCACCGUGCUUUAUCCUAAACUUUGAUCCUUUACUAGUGUUUCAACAUAUCACUGUAAUAUCAAUUUCAGUUAAUUGGCAGCAUCAGCAAAUACAAGUGGCCCUUUGAAGUCAUAUGAAAUGACUUGUACAUAAAACACGAUACAUCUCGUAAGAAACCGCUGAUAGGAGAAUACAAUGUAUUUCCAUCUGUUGCCCCAUUUUACACUGUGUUGUUUCCCUGGUGAUUCUAUAAUAUGACAUGCUUCGGACAUUCAAGAAAUGGAUAAUCUUUCAAACGAUUCCAGUACAAAUCCGGCUGAAACGAUAUAUGCGAAUAAGGACUAUACAAUUAAUGUAUAUUCAUCCUUUGAUCUGUAGAGCUAUUACAUAUUGCCCGAGUGUUAAUAGUUAAUGUUUUGUUGUGAGUAUUUGAUACUUACCAUGUGUAUCUUGUAUGUUUUAUAUUCAAACUAAUAAACAGGAAAAUAG